AUGCCCAUCGCCUUCAAGUCGCAGGCCCUCUCCGCCAAGUCCAUCGAAGGAGCCAAUACGAUUGAGGCUGAAAUAGGAUAUGACGGUGAUGAUGGCGGUAGCGAGGACGGUUCAUUGUCAUUGGAUGAAGACGAACAUGGCGGCGAAAAUUAUAUGAGUUUAGAUGAGUCUUACAGUGGCAAUAUAGGAGGGGAUGAUGACAAUGAGGAUAUGUAUGUAGAUGAUUCAUAUGCUGAAAGCGGAAGCCAUAUGGAAGUGGAAGGGUAUUAUGAGUGGAAUUUUUUCGAUGAUGCCAAUGACGAAAACGAUAUCGAUGCAUCUUAUAAUGACAGCUCAAGCAAAGGAGAGGUUGGUGGCGCGUGCGAAAACGAUGAUGAUGCCGAUGGUGAUGAGUGCAAUUUUGACACUGGGUACGAUGAAUACCAGCAAGAAUCACUUGACAGGCAUUGGACGGUGAUGUCCACGACGUUCAGGACAGACGAGGAGGCAUAUGAUUUCUAUAACGAUUAUGCGAAAAAGUGUGGCUUCAGCAUUAGGAAGGACAACUUGAAAUAUGCAAAGGGUAUCGACGCACGUAGGCGCUUGAGGAGGUUUCUGUGUUCAAGGGCUGGGAAACGACAGGCCAAGUUUUGUACCAUGGAAGGGAAGAAGCGCAGGCUGAGAGCGGAGACUCGGUGCUAUUGCGAGGCCCAUAUAACUGUGAAGCUUGACAGAGAGCGCUCCAUUUGGUAUGUCAGCAGUUUCAGCGACGAUCAUAGUCACACUCUUGCUAGACCGGAUGAAGUUAUAUAUCUUCGAUCUCAUAAUCAGAUAAAGGAAUACCAGAAGCUCGAGAUCUUAGCAAUGACAGGUGCUGGGCUCAAAAAACAUUGGAUUUAUGACAACUUCGUUAGUAGGUAUGGACCAUAUGCACGGGCUGGUUUCGGGAGGAGGAAGCUUUAUAACAUGUGUUAUAGGGAGAAAAUGAAGUUGCUAGCAAAGGGUGAUGCGGACACUGCGAUUGGUAUCAUGAUGACGAGAAAGGCAAGGGAUCCAGACUUUUUCUUUGAGCACACUGUUGACGCAGAAGGCAAGCUGAAGAACAUGUUCUGGUGUGAUUCUCAGUCACGUCGGGAUUACCUUGACUUUGGUGAUGUAAUCAUCUUCGACAGCACUUACAAGAUGAAUAGGUACGGAAUGCCAUUCAUACCUUUUGUUGGUCUAAACAAUCAUCGUUGCACCACUGUGUUCGGUUGUGCUGUUGUGUCAGGUGAGACGGAGGAUACAUAUGUUUGGGUGUUGCAGACCUUUUUGAGAGCUCAUUGUCAGAAGAAGUCGAGGUCUGUAAUUACAGACGGAGACGCAGCCAUGAUAAGGGCCAUCAGGAAGGUCCUUACUGACGUGUGGCAUCGACUUCGUUCGUGGCAUAUAAAGAAAAACAUGCAGAAACACCUCCACCACAAGUCCCUUAAGGAGUUCAGGUCUCUUAUUUACUAUGCUACUACACAUGAUGAGUUUGAGGUGAGAUGGGCAGCUUUUAGAGCUAAAUGGGAGUCGGAGAAAACUGAAACAUGGUUGAGUAGGAUGUACAGGAAGAAAAGGCUUUGGGCUGCGUCAUAUCUCACCGGUGGGUUCUUCCUUGGUAUGCAGAGUAACCAGAGGAGCGAGAGUCUGAACUCUUGCCUUCAUAUGCAUCUUGACUCUGGCAUGACAAUUGUUGAUAUGGUUGUGCAUUAUGAGAACUGCAUUGUUCGGCUCCGUGAGAACGAGUCACACGACGACUGCAUGUCCACACAGACACUCCCUGUACCAGUACUCGACGAGUUCAAAUGCAUUGAAAAAGCCGCUGCCCGUGACUUCACUGCGGUGAACUUUUACCUCUUGCAGAAAGAAAUGAAGAAGGCAGCGGAUCUUGAGAUCAUAGAUAUACUCAGUGGAGCCGUCAGUAGAAGAUUCGUAGUGGCAUGGAAAAAUAACAGGCAACUGAGAUUCAAAGUGGACUAUACACCUACUAAUUCAGAAGAAACAGUGAAGUGCAGUUGUGAUAGUAUGAAACGUAAAGGUCUUCCAUGCAAGCAUGUUCUUUAUGUUUUAGCCAGGUUGAACGUGAAGGACUUACCUAAGUGCUUAGUGCUGCGAAGAUUCACUAAGAAUGCUAGAGGUGGACUGCCCGUGAAACGCACUAGCGAUCUCUUCGCAUGGGGAUGGGCAGGAACAUGGCAUGAUGAUCAUAGCAAGGACUGUUUGAAUAAGAAGAACAACUUCUGA